AUGUCGGCCACCGCCUCACGCUCCAUCCACGUCGACGCCCACCGCCCUUGCCGCCAACAAUUAACGUGGAAGGCAGAUAAAGGGCUAUUGCUCGCACCACCGGCAAAGGGAAGUGUCAAGAUGAUGGCUUCACCCCUGAACUGCGCCCUGAACAGCGCCGUGAAAGUUUCUACUGAUAUUGUUUGUUGUCCCAGUGAUAAUUCACGUCGAAUGUCCGUGCAGAAAGAUAAGAUUGCUGCUUUACGGAAGUGGAUGAAUCACUGCUCGAUUUGCAAAAUCCUUCCCUCUCUUCUCCUGUCUUCAUCCAAAACCAAUACAGCGGUCGACAAAGCCGGGUCCCCCUACAACGAUCUUGAGGACACCCUGGCUCGGGCCCACGCAUGGAUCAACGCCUCUCAGGCGUCCGGUGUUCCUAUCGUCUUCAUGAACAUUCAAACCGAAUCCCUACUCACCAAGAUAUCGGGAGAUACAGCUUCUUCUACGGUGAGUGCUGGAUCGCUUGCUGACCUGUCGAACCUUGCAAACACGAGCAUCUACGGUUUUGAGGAUUACCACGGCGUGGACAUUGGCGUUGUGAGAGGCGUUCGUCUAUGGUUCUCCGCUCUCGCGGGGGAGAUACCUGUUGAGAUCAAAAUCAAGGACACCGACACCAAGCUCGGAUUCACCAUCAGCAGAACUGAAGAGGGGUUCAUAUACAUAUCGUCUGUGGUCGAAGCAGAUAACCCUUCGGAGCGGUCGGGAUUGAGCAGUCUCUACAAACAAGCAUCGCUAGCAUCGAGAUUGCUCGUGGUUUCAAGAAUAUCGAACCGAAAGGUGCUCCCGUGGAUGGUUUCUCCCGCAGGCGCAAUCCGGUGCUUCGACACCGUUUCUCUCGGCCAAAAACUUUCGCUCCACCGCCACGCCAGGGUGGCAAUCAUAGUGCACGUCUUCUUGCGGGACCGGAGGGUGAACUACGCUAACGUGGGCAGCAUCCGGGCCCGGGCCAUGUCCACGUCAACGUCAAGCUCGCCUAAUUUGGGGCGGCCCGUUAAUCAGAGUCAGGUGGUGCCACUGGAAGUUGACGACCAAGAGGAUUUGGAAGAUGACUACGAGAUCGAAGUUAGCGAUGAGCCGGAUAUUACGCUUGAACGGAAUAAUGUAGGCGAGUUUUCGUUCCGUUUGCGCGAUUUCGGUCUUACGGAUAAUUGUGUGUGAAAAUGUGACUUAUUAUUAUUACUCUUUUUGUGUUAAUUGUUGGUUUUUGUUUUGGGAAAACUUAACUGAGCAACUCACAUUUCUUGUUACGUAGUUCUUGUUAUUGUAAUUGGUAUACUUCAUUAUUUUAUGCACGAUCUGUCCUACCUAA